AAAAAAUUUAAAACGAUAAAUGCACUCUUGGCUUGGUAAAUGACACUUAUUUCCGAACCACCAAUAUAGCAAGACGUGACUUGAAGUGAUUAUUAUUGAAUGAGAAAAAAAAUUAGUAAAAUUUUUUUGAGUUUUAUAAUAUAAUUAACGAUGGCAGCUAAAUUAUUGGCGCUUAUCAUUUUGAUGAUAUCGUUGAGUAGCUAUGUUACAAGUGCAACAACAUCUGAACUUGAAAUAAAUACCAACGAUGGAUGGAUCAGAGGAACAAUUAUGAAGUCAAAUAAUUCCAGAGAUAUACGUGGAUUUUUGGGUAUACCCUAUGCUCAUCCACCAAUUGGCAAUUUUAGAUUCAAGCCACCUCAAGAUGUAACACCCUGGUCAAAAAGAAACACAAUAUAUGAUGCAACAAAAGAUGCACCAAUGUGUACACAAGUUGAUAUAUUAUCAGGUCAAGAAAAAGCGACUGGUCAAGAAGAUUGUUUAUAUUUAAAUGUAUUUACCCCAUCAUUAACCGAUAAAAAAUUAAAAUUACCAGUUAUGGUUUAUUUUCACGGUGGUGGUUUUGUAACUGGUUCAAGUAAUUCAUUUUUUUAUGGUCCAAAAUAUUUUCUUGAUCAUGAUGUUGUAUUGGUAACAGCAAAUUAUCGUCUUGGUGCACUUGGUUUUUUAAGCACAGGUGAUUUAUCAUCACCAGGUAAUAUGGGAUUAAAAGAUCAAAAUAAAGUUUUAAAAUGGAUUAGCAAUAAUAUUCAUAAAUUUAAUGGAAAUGAAAAUAGUGUUACAAUAUUUGGACAAAGUGCUGGUGGUGCAUCUGUUAAUUAUCACAUGAUAAGUCCACUUUCACAAGGUUUAUUUCAUCGUGCUAUAUCACAAAGUGGUACUGCAUUUGCUCCCUGGGCAUUUAUGAAAACUAAACAUGCUGUUAAAAAUUAUCAAACAUUAGCAAGCCACUUCAAUUGUACAAGCAUCAAUACAAUUGAUACAGUUAAUUGUCUUAAAACUAAAAAAGCAACUGAAAUCAUUGAAGCCGAUAAAAUAUAUCGAAUUUGGGACUUUGAUCCACCAGUACCAUUUAGACCAGUAAUUGAGCAAAAUCAUGAAGGAGCAUUUAUAACAGAUGAACCAAGGAAUUUAAAUUCAUCACGUGUACGUUGGCUAAUUGGAAGUGUUGCUGAUGAAGGUUGCAUUAAAACAUCAGCGUUAUUUGGACGUUCAGAUAGUCGAUAUAAAGAACUAAAUACAAAAUGGAAUGACAUUGCACAACAUACAUUAUUUUAUGAUGAUUUAUUUAAUGAAAAAUCACGUGUUAAUGUUACAUCAAGAAUACGUAAAUUUUAUUUUGAUAAUAAACCAAUUGACAGUACAACAUUAUUAAAUGUAACAAAUUUGUACUCUGAUGUUUGGUUCAAUAAUGGAAACAGACAAGCAAUAAGAGAUCUUCUUAGAAAAAAUAUUAUUUUUCAAUAUCGUUUUGCUUACAAGGGUAGCUCAUCAUUGUCAUCAAUAUUUGCUGUUGGUGAUCAGACUGAUUAUGGUAUUUGUCAUUGUGAUGAUUUGUUGUAUUUAUUUCCAAUUCGUGAUAUUGGAUAUUUUAAAAAAUCAAGUCUCGAUAAUGAAAUGGUCAAUGUCAUGACGAAAUUUUGGGUUAAUUUUGCAACUUAUGGAAAUCCUACACCAAAUCUUACACAAGAAAUUCCAGUUGAAUGGCAGCCAGUUUCGACAGAUGCACUUGAAUAUUUUCUCAUUGAAGGACCACGUAAUUUUAGCAUGUCUAAAAAUCUUGAUUAUGAAAGAUCAAAAUUUUGGCAAACAAUACUUAAAAAUUAAAUUUAAAAAAUUUUAAAAACAUACAAAUUUACAAAUAAACAAGUACAAAAAUAUAAACAAAUUAAUAUAA